AGUCGGAGACCGCAGUGGAUCCCGGCGAUCGUACGCAGGUUGGACUGGGGGCCCUUCCAUGCCCUGCGUCGGUCUCUCACGCAACCCGUGAUCGACCACACACUAUGUUCCGCGCUUUAUUCAGGUGUUGUCAUGAUUUCACUUCCAACAUCCUACCUCACCCUAUCCCACUUUCCAAAAAAGAACAAAACAUGAAAAUCAGAAAUUCCAUCUCCAAAUCUGGAAUUCCCAUUGUUUACAUAACAAGCUGUGUCCCUACAAAUCAUAUGGGUCCCUACAUUUCAACUAGUAGGUAUAAAACGAAACGCUAUAAAUAAUAAGAACACUAUAAUUUUUAACGAUAACAUUACAAGGAAGGAAAACCAUCCAGUUAGAACUGUAACCACACACCGCACACCGCACACCGCACACCGCACACCAUCGGAGCGGCGGCCGCGCCCGCUACUCCCGCUCCGCAGUUGCCAGCGACGGAAGGCGCUAUGCAGACGCGUAUGCUGCUACUAGUGUGGCUGUGCGCGGGGCCCGCCGCCGCCGGCAGCAGCUGCGAUGCCCUCGCCGCGGAGUACGUCAACGGCGCAAUGCGUACCCCUCGGGUGGUGAGCGUGGUCGGUCAGCUGAAGAACGUCUCGGUGGUGUGGAGCGCGGAGCCGGCGCGUGCGGCGGGCGCGCUGCUGGGCGCCGUGCUGCGCCACGCGCUGGGCUACCGACGCGUGCGGCUGGCCCGCUCGUCGCCCGCGCUGUGCGAGCUCGAGUGUCGGCAGCACGCCGCCCCCGACCGUUUGCAGGUGGUCCCCGCCGCGACGUCGGGCGCAGAGUGUCGGCGGCGGCGAGCGCUGCUGUCCGUGGGCCGCGCUACCGCGCCGCUCUCCGCGUCGCUGUACGCGCGGCUCAGCGGCGCGGCGCGCGCUGACCCCGCGUGUCGCGACGCUCGUCUGUGGACUGCCUACUCGGACCCCGCUCAAGCUGUAUCUUGUCAAUUUCUACUUACAUCGGGUCGAAUAGACAUAUACACGACCGCCGAGGUGCGCGACGCCGCUGAGCUGAGCAGCGUGGUGCAGCGCGCCGCGGCGGCCGAGCUGCGCGGCGUGCUGCACGUGCUGUCCCGCGCCGAGCUGCACCGCCGCAUCGCCACCGACAACGCUUCUUUUCUGAUCUUAGACUACAAGCUGUGGGACGAUCACGAACUUCUGGUCCCCGUUAGUUUUCCGGCCCGAAGUUGCGGAGAAGACGUGGAGAGUACCCGGACGGAGUUCGUCAUUCACGAAGAGCUCGAAGCGUACGCUCCGAUACUCUACAGCGUCGCCGAAAGGUUCGACCCGACGCCGCGGGAAGUGCGCGCAGUGCUCGACAUGGCCGCGCGGCGGGGCGACGGCGACGUCGAGGAGGCGGCGUGUCAGUGGGCUGCAGAAUAUCCCAUCAGAUUUCAGUCUUGGAUUCCUCAAUACGACGACGACCAUCAUGUCUUAGUAUUGCUGUGCAAUGAACGCGACAAUUACAAUUACACACCGCUCUUCCAAUUUGUCAUACACAAACUUCAACAAUAUACGGGGCAAUUAAAAAUCAAUAUACUAAUAAAAGAUGAGUUAGUGAACUGUUCGAAUGCGGACGAUCCGCACCAAGUUUUAAACAACAAGACGCGCAUGUCCAGAAUAUACCGCUGCAUCGGCGUGGCGGCGGGCGCGGCGGACGCGGCGACGGUGGCGCGGGUCGCCCGUGACGCCGCGCUGCCGCUCGUGCUGUACGACACGCCGGCCCGGGUCCCGCCCGGCACGCGCUCGUCCGCCUGCAGCCUCGCUGACCUCGUCACUGCCAUCGAGCACUUCAUCGUCAAAACCGGUUGGCGACGAAUAGUAACAUUAUCCGAGCGAACAGAGUUUGCGGAAGCUUUCGUCUUGGCUCUAAGGUCGAGUGUAAGUUUGAUAACGAAAGACAUAGACUUGACCGAGAAUGUGACCGAAGCGCUGAAUACGGUGGAAGAACUAGACGGGCGUGUCAUAAUAGUGAACGCGGGCGCCGAUCUGACAGCGGCAGUGGUGCGCGAAGCCGCGCAGCGCAGCUUGGACGAGCGGCGAGGGAUGGCGUGGCUGGUGCGCGCCUGGGCCCCCGCGAACCCUACACCCAUUCCACUGUUCUAUCUAAGAUGCGGAUGUCGAAAGGCGGAAAACCAGUUUAACCACCCGAACGCCGCUUCGCUCGCAGACGCGGUGCUGACCCUUGGGUACGGAUUCGCUGCUGGUUUGAUGCAGGAUUACUCGGUUCGAGAUGAUCCAGCGGGAAGAAAUCUGGAGCGCUUCUGGCAGAUUUCGGACAGUAUCAGCGUCGAUGGCCUCUGUGAAAGUAUUAAAUAUGAGGCGGCAGCAUUGGCGAAGUCGACCGUGCUCGUGGACAAGCUUUCAGUCAACGGGAAUUCAACAUUAGGCAUAUUGAUCGUGCGUGACGGCCGAGUCAGUUCUGAACCAAACGAAAUGGAACCGUACGGGCGGGAUGGUGAGGUUCCCUACGACGGACGCAGCAGGUGCAGCAUGCCGAUAGGCGACCCGUUCCAUCCGCAUUGCCUGGACGCACUCUGCGUCGUGGUCGGCAUUCUUCUAAGUCUCGCUGUUCCGUUGUUGCUGAUGGCACACCGUCACCUGGCUUCUGUUAUUCGGCCCGCUAAGCUACCACCCGUCACUCAGGAGCUAACACGUUUCCUGGUCGAUCCCGCUCAUCUCGUGACGUACGACAUCCUCGGAACCGGUAGAUUCGGCCGUGUUCACCUGGGCGUAUUACAGGUUCCAGGAAAAGCACCUCGCCCUGUCGCCGUCAAGUCCCUUCGGAAAGGCGCCGCUCCGGCCGAAGAAACUGAAUUUCUGAAUGAAGCCGUUAUUAUGGCGGCACUCGAUCACGAGCACAUUAUACGCUUCGUGGGCGCGUGCGUCGCGAAGGGGCCGCCACUCGUGUUAAUGGAGCACGCCUUUUUCGGAGAUCUCCGAAGAUACUUGCGCGAGAGGCGGCACUUCGCCGAGCAAUCUGACCAUCUUUCACAAGACUCGAAAGAUUUCGAAGAGAGCGAACACGUGUCGGCCGAGGCGCUGACCCAGCUCGCUUCGGAGGCGGCCCUCGCCCUGGAGCACCUUGCGCGACGCGGCGUCGUCCACCGAGACGUCCGCGCCUCCAACUGCCUAGUGGACUCUAGGCGACGACUGAAGCUCGGCGACUUCGGCAUGGCGCGAAAGACCGAUGCGACGGGCGCAGACGGAGCGGCCGAGUACGCGUGCCGGCGACGCGGCCUGUUCCCGGUGCUGUGGAUGGCGCCAGAGAGCCUGAGCCGCGGCGCGUUCUCGUCGGCCUCGGACGUGUGGUCACUGGGAGUGCUGAUGUUGGAGACAGUGACGCUGGGCGAUCGGCCCUACGGCUCGUGGUCCCCACUGCGCGUGCUGCAACACGUGUCAAGCGGCGGACGACCCGAGCUGCCGUUCGGCGCGGCGGCGGAGGCGCGCGGCGUGGCGAGCGCAUGCUGGCGCCGAGCGGCGUGCGAGCGGCCGGCGGCGGGCGAGGUGGCGCGCUACUUGCGGGACCACCCCCGCGCGCUGCGCCCGGUGCUGCGGUCGCGCGUCGCUCCCGAUGCCGACAGCGGCUUCGGAGAGUCCGAUCCGCCUUCCCCAUAGACAUAACUCAACCAGCGCAUUUCUAAACCCUCGAAAAACGUAAUUACAAAGAUUUAUUUACUUAUUUAUUCAGUCAGAACGCUACUUCGACAAAGCUGCGCGACACGAAAACCCUCUCAUGGGCUCAGUGGGCUCUAAGCUUAGCCUUAGGCUAUGACAGCGUUACUGACCGAGUAGGUGAGCUCAUGGGGCUCUAACCUGAGGACGUUGCUAGCACUAGCCCUUACGAGAGCAUUGCUUCGCAGAAUCUACCUCAGAAUCGGAACGCUAC